AUGGAGAGAGCCAGCCGCACACUGGUCACUGAAUUUGUCUUCGUGAGAUUUUCCAACUCUCCAGGGGUCCAGCUGCUCAUUUUCUCCCUCUUCCUCCUGAUCCACCUCUCAUCUCUGGUGGGCAGUGCACUCAUUGUGCACAUUGUGGCUGUGGAUGGGCGCCUCCACACUCCCAUGUACCUCUUUAUCUGCAAUCUCUCCUUAGUAGAGCUCUGGUACACCACGGUGACUGUGCCCAAAAUGCCGGCCAGUUCUCUAAAUUCCCAAGGGGUCAUCUCAGGUCUCAACCACUUCAGCCAGUACUACUUCUUCUCUUUGGCCCCCACAGAGCUCUUCAUUCUCCCCACCAUGGCCUUUGACUGUGACACUGCCAUCUGCCAACCAUUCCUCUACCCACUGCUGCUCAGCCCUCAAACUUGGGGUUCUCUGGCUGGGUCUGCUGGCUUGUGGGAUUCCUCUGGCCCAUGUUUCCCUCAUUCCUCCUUACACAAAUCUCCUUCUGCAGCCCCAACCAGAUCAACUGACGCCAAUCAGGCUUUCCGCCUUUCUUGCACAGACACGUAUGCCAUCCAAACAGUGGGCUAUACUUCUAGCACUGUCACUAUCCUAGAGGCCCUGGUCUUUAUCAUGGCUUCCUAUGCCCUAAUCCUGACCACAAUUCCAGCCAUGGCCUCAGCCGCUGCUCGACGGAAGCCCUUUUAUAUGUGCACAGCCCACCAUUCUGUGGUCACCAUCAACUUCAGUACUCUGGUAUUCACAUAUGUCCACCCCACAGUAAAGUAUGCGUCAAAUGUCCACAAGAUUGUGGCUAUCUUCUACUCAGUCAUCACCCCACUUCUCAGUCCUCUCAUCUAUACACUCCGUAACAAGGAUGUCAAGGAAGCUGUGAAGGUGUUGGUGUCCCAGAUCUAA